UCCGCGCUCUCUCGAGACUCUUCCCGGGGGGCUUCCCAACUAACUCCCUGCUUGCGUGUGCGUGGAAGGGGGCGCACGGCGUUCCCGCGCUCCUUGAACCCCCCCCCCUCCCCGCAAUGCCUCGUGUGCGCGCCUGGGUGUCCGUCCUUCCUUCGCUCGCUCCCUCCCUGGGCUCCGGCGUGCCACCCUGGCUGGGUCCAGAGGAGCCGGAGCCAAGCCUGGGCGGGCGUGCUGGCCAGGAGUUGGCUGGAGGAGGAGGAGGAGGAGGGCUGCGGCUGGCUCUCCUUCUCCUUGUCUCGGGGUGCGGGGCCAUGUGGCGCGCCCCGCUGGCGCUGUGGGGCUGGGCCUGGCUGUGCGGGGGCGGCGCGGGGUCGGGGGGCUGCGAGGCGCUGGGCUGCGCGGGCCCGGGCGAGGGCUGCUGCCGCGGGGGCAACCUGACCCACCCGGAGGCGCGCUGCUGCCGCCUGCCCUUCCACACCUUCCUGGACAACGUGGGCUGGCUGGUCCGCAAGCUCUCCGGGCUGCUCAUCCUCCUGGUCCUCUUCGCCAUCGGCUACUUCCUCCAGCGCCUCAUCUGCCCCAGCCCCAGGCGCCGGCGCCGGGAGAGGAGGCGAGCAGCCAGGCGCAGGAGCAGCGAGGAGGAGGAGGAAGAAGAAGGGGAGGAAGACGAGGAAGAAGAGGAGGAGGAGGAGGAGCGGGGCUGCGGGGCUGGGGGCGCCUCCUCCUCCUCCUUCCCCGGGACGGCCGCCUCCUCGCAGGACUCGCUGCUGGACAGCCACGGCCGGAGCCACAGCCAGGGCCGCCCGCUGCCCCUGCUGCCCCUGCCCGCGCCCGCCUGCUUCUUCCACCUGCCCGCCUACGAGGAGGUCAAGCACCUGCCUUCCUACGAGGAGUCCAUGCGCCACGCCGCCGUCCUGCCCGUCACCAGCCUGGCCACCCGGAGGAGAAGCCUGGACCAGGCCGAGCCCAGGGCGGGAGGGGGCGCGGGGGGAGCGGGCAGCUGAAGACCCCUCCAGACACCCCUCUCCGUGCCUCCCUGCCCGCCUCCCGACGCCUCCUUCCCUGGACCCCGGAGAGAGGCCUCUGGACCCCCGCCUCGCUUUCCGGAGGGGUCUCUUCUUUGGAUGAACUCAAAUUGCCGGAAAAGAUAGAGACCACCAAACAAAAGGACACCACAGCCAGGUCAAGUGGGUUUCCCUUCUUUCCGACUUUGAAAGAUGCCGCAAAACUCCCCCAGACUGGCUUUCUCAAGAUAAUGGAAGGAAGAGGGUUGGGGCUGGGAAAAGUCGGGGAUCAAGGCCUUGCCUUUUUUGUUCAAGAGGCGUCUCCCCGGGUUGGUUGUCAUCCCAAAAGCCUUGGGAGUAUUUGAGAAAUACACGGGGAACCUUUCUUGGCAAGGAGAGAAAAGCAGCCCUUCUGAUUUCAGAUGGCUGGAAUUUGUAUGUGGACAUUGCGCUUUCUGAUGGUGUGGACCCAACGCUGGGGGUGUGCUGCUAUCCCAUCUCCAUGAAAGGACACCAAGCACUGGAAAAUGUCCAGAGAAGGGUGACUAAAAUGAUCAAGGGUCUGGAGAACAAGCCCUACAAGGAGCAGCUUAAAGAGCUGGGCAUGUUUAACCUAAAGAAGAGAAGGCCGAGAGGAGACAUGAUGAGGGCCAUGUAUAAAUAUGUGAGAAGAAGUCAUAGAGAGGGAGCAGGGUUGUUUUUUGCUGCUCUGGAGACUAGGACGCGGAACAAUGGCUUAAAACUACAGGAAAGGAGAUUCCACCUGAACAUUAGGAAGGACUUUUUCACUGUGAGAGCUGUUCAGCAGUGGAACUCUCUGCCCCAGAGUGUGUGGAGGCUCCUUCUUUGGAGGCUUUUAAGCAGAGGUUGGAUGGCCACCUGUCGGGGAUGCUUUGAAUGCGAUUUUCCUGCUUCUUGUCAGGGGGUUGGACCAGAUAGCCCAAGAGGUCUCUUGCAACUCUAUGAAGAGGGUUGGGGCUGGGAAAUGUCAGGGAGAAAGGAGGACAUUUAGAUAUCAAGGCCUUAAUUUUAGUCAUGCUUUUGCCUUUUUUGUCCAAGAAGAGUCUGUGGGGGUUGGUUGUCAUCCCAAAAGCCUUGGGAGUAUUUGGACAGGGGAUCGUUGAGAAAUACAGGGGGAACCUUUCUUUGCAAAGAAAGAACAGCAGCCCUUCCGAUUUCAUAUUGCUGGUAUUAAAAUGUGGACGGUGCCCUUUCUGAUGGUGUGGAUUGAACAUUGGGGCAGUUGGAGGUGUGCUGCUAUCCCAUCUCCAUGAAAGGCCACCAAGCAAGGACUGGAGAAAAAGAAUGUGUGUAGCUGGGUGAACUGGGGAGACGAGGACUCUAAAUGGAACAGGGCUGAUCAUUAACACUGCUGUAGAGUCUGGUUACCCAAAUUAAUCCAGUCUGGCCUUUGGACGUUGCACUUUCUGAUAUUAUUUUUGAAAUAAAAUGAUACUGAGUAGAA